UCAACUAACCAUACUUAUAAUGUACCUAGAUUUCCUGCACAAAUGCAGUACAUCAUGGCUGACCUUACUGAGUGGUGUUCAGGGAUCUGAGGAAUUAUAGACUGGCUAAAGGAGAGGAACCUACAAAGCUGCCUCAUUUGCCAACUUGUUUUGCCCUGGAUCACAUCGAUCAGUAUCCUUAUACUGUUAUACAUACUGACCAUAAAGAAAAGUUUCUAAGGCAUUCACCGCACACAUGAAGUCUGCUGAAGCAUCCUCCUCAAGUGCCAAUUUUGGUAUAUUACGGACCCUAUCCCAGUAUGUGGGGUUUUGCCUAGCAUUUGUGUCUGCUGGCUUCCUUAUUGUUGCAACUUGGACUGACUGCUGGAUGGAAAAUGCAGAUGACUCCCUGGAGGUGAGUACUAAAUGCCGUGGACUGUGGUGGGAAUGUGUAACUAAUGUGUUUGAUGGCAUUCGGACCUGUGAUGAGUACGACUCCUUAUACGCAGAGCACCCAGUGAAAUUAGUGGCAACUCGUGGCUUCAUGAUAACUGCAGAUAUUCUGGCAGCAUUUGGCUUCAUAUUCCUCCUCCUGGGGCUUGAUUGUGUAAAAUUCCUGACAGAUGAAUCACAAAUGAAGUUAAAAAUCUGUUAUAUAGCUGGAGUUACACUCAUUGUAGGAGGUGUCCCUGGGAUCAUUGGCUCAGUAUGGUAUGCGAUUGAUGUAUAUGUGGAGCGCUCAAGUUUAGUAAUGCACAAUGUUUUCCUUGGAAUCCAGUACAAGUUUGGUUGGUCUUGUUGGCUUGGAAUGAUUGGAUCUCUGGGAUGUUUUUUAUGUGGCGCUCUACUCAUAUCCUGCCAUUAUCUCUUUCAAGAAGGAAGAUACAACAGAAACCAAUCAUAUUAUUCUAGAAAGAGUUAUUUUCCUGCAAGAAAUUCAACGGGCAAGCUUUACUCUCCUCCACAGACAGAAACUGCUAAGAUGUAUGCUAUGGGUACACGAGUAUAAAUGACAGCCGGGUUCACUAGUCAUGUAUUUGUCUCGCAGCAUGCUGCUCAGUCAGGUCACGGUACAGCAGUAAGGUACCAGUCUACUGCAUCUGGAAAGCAGUCAGAACCAGAGAGAAGAUUAUAGUCUGCUACUGACUUUUACAACUAUGAUUUUUUUGUUAAUAUGAUUCCACUGUGUUGU